GCCCAUUCUCAAUUUAUCUCUUGCGGAUCGAUCUCGAAAGAGGAAGAGACCAAAAAAUGGAGAUAUUCUACUUCGUGGUAUUUGCUGGCCUAGCGGCUGUGGUGGCUGCGCUUGAACUCAGCAAAUCAAGCAGAGAUCGCAUCAACUCAUCCUCUGCUUUCAAUGCCUUCAAGAACAACUACCUCGUUGUUUAUUCCCUCAUGAUGGCUGGGGAUUGGUUGCAGGGACCAUAUGUGUACUACCUAUACAGUCAGUAUGGUUUUGGAAAGGGAGAGAUAGGCCAGCUCUUUAUUGCUGGCUUUGGAUCAUCUAUGUUGUUUGGGACAAUUGUUGGUUCUCUUGCUGAUAAGCAGGGUCGAAGGAGGGCAUGCAUUACUUACUGCAUAACUUACAUUUUAAGCUGCAUCACCAAGCAUUCUCCUGACUACAAGGUGUUAAUGUUGGGACGUGUAUUAGGGGGCAUUGCCACUUCUCUACUCUUCUCAGCGUUUGAGUCUUGGCUUGUUGCAGAGCACUUUAAGAGGGGUUUUGACCAACAAUGGCUGUCAAUGACAUUCUCAAAAGCAAUAUUUCUUGGCAAUGGUUUGGUUGCGAUUAUGUCUGGGUUGUUUGGUAAUAUACUAGUAGAUACACUGGGGCUUGGUCCGGUUUCUCCAUUUGAUGCUGCUGCUUGCUUCCUUGCAAUUGGUAUGACAAUCAUAGCAUCAUCAUGGACUGAAAAUUAUGGAGACUUUUCAGAGAAUAAGAACUUACUUGCCCAAUUUAAGGUUGCUGCUGUUGCGAUUGCCUCUGAUGAGAAAAUUGCGUUGUUGGGUGCCAUACAGUCCCUAUUUGAAGGUUCAAUGUACACCUUUGUUUUCCUUUGGACUCCUGCUCUAAGCCCAAAUGGUGAGGACAUUCCGCAUGGUUUUAUCUUUGCAACAUUCAUGCUGGCUUCUAUGUUGGGAAGCUCCAUUGCAUCUCGACUGAUGGCUCGCUCAUCCCUCAAAGUUGAGAGCUAUAUGCAGAUUGUUUUUGUAACAUCUGCGGCUUCACUUCUGCUUCCUGUUGUAACAAAUUUCUUGAUAGUUGCAAAUCGGGAGAAAGGUGGAGGCAUCUCAUUUUCAGGGUGUAUCCAGCUUCUUGGCUUCUGCACAUUCGAGUCAUGCGUGGGUAUAUUCUGGCCAUCAAUCAUGAAGAUGAGGUCCCAAUAUAUUCCCGAGGAGGCUAGAAGCACCAUCAUGAAUUUCUUCCGCAUUCCUCUCAACAUAUUUGUUUGUGUUGUAUUGUACAAUGUUGAUGCCUUUCCCAUUACUGUCAUGUUCGGCAUGUGCUCCAUAUUUCUCUUUGUGGCUUCUCUUCUGCAGAGGCGGCUUCUGGUUAUUGCAGAAAGCCAAAAACCAAGAUCACACGAUUGGACAACUAUGAAAGAGAUGGAAGCAGAGCCAUUAAAUGCUUGAUUGAUAUUAGAGGAACAAAUCUCUGGAUUUUGUUUGAAAAUUGUGAGCAGCAGCCUUUGCUCCUCGUCCCGCUGCUGGAGCUGCAACUUGGUUUGCUGUUCGCCAUCCAACCAAUAACUGCCGAAAGUCCUACUUGAUAAUAGCAGAUGGAGGAUUUUAUGAGGGCAAAGAGGCAGUUGACAGUAAGAAGUGGUUUUUAGGUGCAUAGAUCAAUGAAAAUCAUUGCCUUUUUUUUUUUUCUUAAAUUCUAUUGACGGGUGCUAAUUUUAUCUGGUGUUGCAUUAGUGCUUAGUAUAUAUUUAGGGUAUUUAUUAAUGCUAGAAUUUUUAUACCAUCUUAACAAUUAAAAUAAAACUUUUCAAUUCUGUUA